GGCAUUUAAUCACACAAUAAAUAUGGUUUUAGUCAUCAUCUGUGUUUACUGAUAUGCACCUACUUUAAUGAUGUGACAUUAAAGGUACUGUGCCUCUGUCACCUCCUGCUUCUCUGAACAUUGGUGUUGACUGUACCGCCACCAUUCAAGCAUCCAAAUCCCAGCCGAUACAGAGAGUGGAUUCUGAAACAAGAUGUGGUGGUUUAUUGCAUUAGCCUGUCUAAUACAAACCUUUACAAGUUCAGAAGAACUCAUCAAGAAGAAAAGAGGAAUGAAUCCUGAAACAUUUAUGAAUGUUAGUCAGUUGAUCUGCUACAAAGGAUAUCCAAGUGAGGAGUAUGAAGUUUUGACAGAGGAUGGCUAUUACUUGAGAAUAAACAGAAUUCCGUAUGGAAGAGAGAAACCUACAGACAGAGGUCCAAAGCCAGCCGUCCUUCUCCAGCAUGGAUUGUUUGCUGAAGGUAGCAACUGGGUCGAAAAUUUGGCCAACAACAGCCUGGGCUUCAUGCUAGCAGAUGCAGGCUAUGAUGUUUGGAUAGGAAACAGCAGAGGGACUACGUGGUCACGAAGACACCAGAAAUUUUCAGUUGACCAAGAGGAAUUUUGGGAUUUCAGUUUUCAUGAAAUGGGCAUAUAUGACCUUCAAGCCAUGAUAAACUUCAUUCUCCAGGAAACUGGACUGAAGCAACUCUAUUAUGUUGGCUACUCUCAGGGUGGCACUAUAGCUUUAAUAGCAUUUUCCUCCAUGCCACAGCUAGCACAGAAAGUCAAAAUGUUUUUUGCCUUGUCUCCUGCUGCCACCAUUGCACAUGUCAAAAGCCCAAUAGUGAAACUGUUACGAAUUCCUGAAGAAACAUUAAAGGCUAUUCUAGGCAAAAAAGAUUUCUGCCUUUGGGGCAAGACUAUGAAGGAGAUUACUGCUAAAAUAUGUUGCUAUGAAUUACCUAAUAGACUUUGUGCCAAUUUGUUUUUCUUUGCGGGUGGAUUCAAUCAGAAAAACUUGAAUAUGAGUCGUUUGGAUGUAUACACAGACCACUUUCCAGAUGGAACAUCUGCUAAAAAUGUAAUACACUGGGCCCAGGCAGUUAAAUCAGGAGAAUUCAAAUAUUUUGACUAUGGCAGUGAGAACCAAGCAAAGUACAACCAGUCUGUCCCUCCCUUCUAUAAGAUAGAAGAUAUGACUGUGCCCACUGCAGUAUGGUCCGGUGGAGAGGACUGGGUUGUAGACUCAAAGGAUAUUGACAUGUUACUCCCUCGAAUUACUAACCUGAUUUACCACAAGCAUGUUUCUGACUGGAACCACUGGGAUUUCAUAUGGGGUCUUGAUGCAGCCAAGCGUGUGUACAGUGAAAUUAUUGAAAUGAUGGAAAAAUAUCUAUAAAGUCACAGAGCAUAGUUAGAUAAUUAAUUAGCUAAUUGAGAUUUAUUGAAAUCUACUUUCUGUAUAUGUGGCAAUAGACUGCUUUUCUACUUGCUAUUUUGUAAGUCAAUCAUGGCACUUAUAGAGGGAGGGGGAUUUAAUGAGACUGGAUUAAAUAUUUAUUUUUAUUUUGGUGAUGGUACCAAUUUUUCCUCAUCUUCCUUUCAAAAUACAGGGACCAGAAAUCCUUUACUCAGAAAAUUGUAUUUCUCAAAGAAAAUGCUGCUGAAAUAAAAACUAAAAUCUUACCAUACACAUAACAUAUGGGUGACAGAAUAUGCUUCCAUGUCUUAAAAC